AUGAAUGGGCAGAGUCAGCGUAAGCCUCUUGCAGGCAACUCUGAGGCAUCUCGAGCCAACUCAAGAUCGGCUAGAUCAGUCUCUCAAGACUUUGAGGCUUCCACAAGUUCAGCAAAAACUCAAGGCGCCAGCAGCUCCCGUAUCACUGGUGCUAUCCAGAACAAACCCAAAGAGCAGGCAAAAUCCUCAGUGCCAUCUCCUGUGCCAAAUGGCACUAGAGAUUUUCGAUCGUUACCGUACGUGAGAACCAGCUUUCGGCCUCCGACCAGUAUUAAAUCAGCACCCGUUGUCCCGCCGUCUGCCUCCAAGCAUAGAAGGAAGACCUCGCACAAUAAGCGCAAAAGAAACAGCGACUUAGAGUCCAAUUCCACGUUAUCUUCGUCGGAUGAAAUAGACGAAGAAGAUCAUCCACAAUCACAGUCGACCACAUAUAUCUCCACAGCUCAAAGCUUUGCUUUAGACGGCGGUCUCGCACAAAAUGACAGCAACACAACUGUCUCGAACAUACAUAACUUCAUUCCUGACCGCGAAGGUUCUCCUGCAUUCUCUUCUCGCAACUCCUUUCUCGUCAGUGAGCGUGAGCGAUUGUACGAAGAGCCCGAUGAGUAUAGUGAAGCUGAAGGGCGUCUUCUGCCCGUAUAUGAACAAAGUCGCCAUCGAUUACAUGCGGCGCAAACAGAGCUCUCUUCUGCCCACAAUCAACAGCUCCCUCUCGGAAUAGACUCCCAGUGGAGACCGAAAGCCCCCCUGCCAAAUGCUAUGACUUGCGAACAGCGUCGCCUGCAACUAUCCGCCACAUUUGACGCUUCCAAGUUCGACGCGAUGCUAUACGGUCAACCCGAAGCCGCUCGCCCUCCUCCAGGUGUUUUUAUUCCUACUGCGCCAGCGUAUCAUCAAUCCGCGUCAGCUGUAGCAGAGAACCGGCAGCCAUUCUAUAUGAGGCUCGACCCCCGCAUACACUGGUCCCACGAUCGCUCUGAGCAGUGGUAUGAACGCAAGAUGGAAGAAAUUAAGGCGCGUGCCGGGCGCAAGGCCAACUUCGGCAAGGCAGCUCAGCGUAUGCGGCAACAAAGGAUAGCUGAGGAAAAGCGUGCGGCAGCCGAAGCGGAGGAGACGGCAGCAGCGGCGAAGCAAGGCCGGGAACUACCGCCGCCGGACAAUCCCUGCAAGCCAUGGUCGCACCAUAGACAUAUGGACUUUGGCGAUGUGCCUGAGGAUGAACUUCCCAGCUACGUGUGCAAAAAUGAGGCUUGGUUGCGCGCCACGGCUUGGAUGCGAGAGAACCGCGAGAAGAACCUACAGAAAAACAAAGAGGCUGCCACGCUCCAGGCCGCCAAUGAGUCUUGGGGGCAUUUAUUCCCAAAGAGCAAGCAUGGACGAUGA